AUGGCCCACUUUCGAUCACAGCCAUGGCGCCUUCUCACGGCGACCGAGUUGACCGUCCAGUCGGAGCGUGCUUUCCAGAAGCAGCCUCACAUCUUCCAGAACUCGAAGACCAAGACCAAGAGCACCCGACCGGGCAAGGGUGGCCGACGAUGGUAUAAGGACGUCGGUCUGGGUUUCCGAACCCCCAAGGCCGCCAUUGAGGGUAGCUACAUCGACAAGAAGUGCCCUUUCACUGGUCUCGUCUCUAUCCGUGGCCGUAUCCUGACCGGUACCGUCGUUUCCACCAAGAUGCACCGCACCAUCAUCAUCCGACGAGAGUACUUGCAUUUUAUCCCCAAGUACUCUCGUUAUGAGAAGCGACACAAGAACGUUGCCGCUCACGUCUCCCCCGCUUUCCGUGUUGAGGAGGGUGACCAGGUCACCGUUGGCCAGUGCCGACCCCUCAGCAAGACUGUCCGCUUCAACGUCCUGCGCGUCCUGCCCCGAACUGGCAAGGCUGUUAAGAAGUUCUCUAAGUUUUAA